CCUUUCGUAGAAAACCCACCGCAACCUCCACAAGUUGUGUUAGAAUUCGCAUAUAAGAGUGCGUGCUGUGGCACCAACACACCACUGAGUCGUGUGUCUUGCUCUCAUCAGCUUACUAAGAACGUGCGUUGUACUCAUGGAUCGUUUACUGUUGGUGCUUCUAAGCAGCGCUAGUUUACUGCUUACAGUGUACGGAAUAAAACACCACAUUGUGACCAAAAGCUGGUCCGAAGCACAGUCUGACUGUCUCCAGUAUCUACGCGUCGAAUCACCCGGACGAUACCUUUCCCAUCGAUACCGGGACAAUCAGACGUCGAAGCAACUGAUCUUCUGCAUCAUGCUCAACCUGCGCAUCUACGAUCCAACCCAGAACGUGUUGCGACUGAAAGCGAUGGGGCAAUUUUUCCACCCCGACAAAACUGACACACUGUACGUCAAUCGAACGAAUGCGUGUUUGCUGAGAGUGAAAGUUCCACCGCUUGUGGAUAGUUCCGAGGAUAGCCAACCGUAUAGUGGGGUGAUGGGAACAUUGUACGAGGUAUUUCGAUGUUUCUAUCACUGCUACGGUAAUAUCAACGCUGAUGCCCCGAAACUGCCCGCAACUGUACUGGAGCUGGAACAGAUACAGCAAGAGUGUGCUCGUAUCGUCGGUGUCUCGGAACGGUUGUUGGAUGGUGGUUCACAGCUGAGGAGCCAUCCACGGUACAGUGAGCUGUCGCGGUGUAUCAUGUUGAGAAGUGGAGAGUCUGUAGACUAUUUAACGCAUCGCAACAACUCCAGCAGAAGGUUCAAGUUGAACAAAACGGGGAAAAUGAUGUACUUUAAUUAGGGUUAAUCAAAACUAAGGCACAAUAAAAAAGAGAGAAUGCGAAUUAUGUUAUUCGAUCCUGGGCAGGACUACUUCCGAUUGUUUAAUAACGAUUAAGGCGAGUUGAGGUCCAAAUCGGUCACAAGAGACCUAGAGCUGAUUAGAUAAACAUACAAGAUACAUUAAUAGAAUUGGUGAAGAUCAGGUUUAGCGACAGCGUUAAGAUGUAGCGUUCAGAUGUCGGAUUUAAAUGUUUGUAUAAUCAGACAAUAUUAUUGCUUUGAAUCGCUCUCUUUAGCAUUUAAUCACUGUUGUUGAUCAUUUUGCUACACUGGAUACAACACUGGUUUUUGUAAGCUCCAGCUUUCAUACAUAAUACAGGGUUUUCCAGGGGGUCUCAUAGUUGUGGGUUCUCAUACUUCCUUGAUUCUUUCUUAUGGGAAGUGAACUUCAUAUGAUGGUAAUUGGACUCUAUGGCACCCUUUUUGGACAGGUUCCUUGGAAAUGCCUAUUGAAUUUGUCUAACAAGGUUGCUUUAGAGUCCAAUUCCCAUUACAUUAAGUUCAUUUCACCGAAGAAAGAGUCAAUAAAGUGUCCCACAGCUAUGAGAACACCUGGAAAACCCUGUAUUGAGUUUUAUGUGCUAGACAAAUGUUGGGCUCAGCAACUUGUUCCUCAGCAGCAACCGUUCAGAGGAGGCAACAGCAGCAGGAAGAUUCUGAAAAAGUAUAUAAGAAGACACAGAUAUCUGGUACAAAAGAUACGAAAGAUAUCUGAAACAUUUUCUAUCAAUUAAAAGCAAUGAAAGCAAUCCGAAAUAGAGGAAAUAGGGACCCAUUUAGCUAAGAGAUAAUGAAAGCCGGCUUGUUCACUAGUGAGUAACUACCACAACGCCACCUCUUAAUACGCGCUAAGAAACUCUGAAGUUAGAUGUAUUAUUCGUACCACUGUACAGCCUGGCCAUUGCUCCUUCCGAUUACAUCCUGUUCCAUGUCGAUAGAGCACGAUCUUGCAGUCUAGCACUUCUCCAAUUGUGAUCAUGUAAAAUAUGUUACCAUUCAAUGGAUAGCCAGGUUUUGCUGUCGAUACAGGAUCUGAAAUUGCCUUAAAACGUGGGAGAAAGUAGUGAAAACGGUGGAACCUAUUAUGACCCACGAAUAAGUUACAAAUUUUCCACCAAAAUGUGUCAAAGUUUGAUUAAACCCGGUAUGGAGUUAUUGGUACUUCUAAUACAAUAACGGCAAUGAAAUUAUGACUCAGAUAUUUGAUUCUUUUCCAUCCAUUUCUCAACCUAAAUCUACGACUUCCAAACACCAAAGGAGAAGUAAAUAAACUGUUAUAAUAGCAAGCAGGUUAUAAAUGAUGCGGACUGCAGAAAGAAAGCACCUCAUCCAUCCGACGCUGCUACCAAAUGAAAGGGAAGAAAGAAAGAAAAACAAAAAACAAA